CGAAUUUUUAACUAUAACAAGCUUCAAACCGAAAAAACAGUUUUAAACUGAGGAGGAUCUAUCUAUCUUAAUAAACAUCCCUUUAAGAAAAAAAUCCAUGGCGGAUCCUGAGAUUCUCUUCCUCUUUCAUCUUCCCGUCGAUUGAGGUUAGAGAGAGGGAGAGAAGAAGGAUUCGAAGAAAGCGAAAAAAAAAAAUCGACAGAGAGAGAGAGAGAGAAAGGUGUAGUAGUAGUUUGGUGACAGGGACACGUGGCGUGAUAAGAGAGGUAGAGGUCACUCUCCGUUCUCCGGUUCUGUCUCUUGUGCGGUGCGUGCCAUGUCAGAGUCCGUUCCCCUAUGAGCCCGGCGAAUCCGAAUCAUAUGCCCUUUCCUUCUCUCUCUCUCUCUCUCUACAAACUCGCAUCGCUAUCCUCAAAAGACUUUCUCUCUCUUUAUUUAUUUAUCGUUUCGCGUGUCGCGUCUCCAUCUCUCUCUCUCUCCCCCUUUCCUUUCGUAUCGUCGCAACCUCUCUCUCUCUCUUGAGGCCGUGCCCUAGAAGCCCCCCCCCCCCCCCCCCCCCCUUUCUCUGCCGACUUCAAUCCCUAGCUUCCGUCGCCGGAUUUCUCGUCCUUGAUCAUCGGACUAGUGUUUAACUUCUUCUUCCGAUUUGAGAUUCUCAGAUUUGUAGUAUCUUGAAUCUUACACAUCAAGGUCUCUCCAGUGCUAUAUCAGGCAGAUGGUAUGAACACAGAAAUGGGAGAUGAAAGAUGCAGGCAGUGAAAUGAUAAACAGAGAUUGGGUCAUGAAGCAGAAACGAAGAAAGCUCCCUUGUAUACUAGAUUUGUUAGACCAAAAAGUUGAUAGUUCCGUGGCUUUUGAUUCUCCUGAACCAACUAAACAUCGUCCUGUUACUGAUUCAACUCCUGAAAGAGCCUCCUCUAAAAGGAAAGGACACGACGGGAAUUAUUUUGAAUGUGUAAUCUGUGACCUUGGUGGUGAUUUGCUGUGCUGUGAUAGUUGUCCUCGGACCUAUCAUACCGAAUGCCUUGACCCUCCUCUUAAGCGGAUUCCAAAUGGCAAGUGGAUCUGCCCAAAGUGUUCCCAAAACAGCGAUGCGCUAAAGCCUGUCAAUCGUCUAGACGCCAUUUCAAAGCGGGCGAGAACGAAAACCACGAAGAGAAACUCACAGGCAGGGCCAAAGGGAGAGAGAGCUUCUCAGAUUUAUUGCAGUUCUAUAGUCUCUGGAGAACAGUCUUCAGAGAAAGGGAAAUCUGUUUCGGCUGAGGAGAGCAAAUCUAUUGGGAAGGAAGUUUAUUCGUCUCCGAUGGAAGGUUGUUCUGCUGAGAUUGCUCAUGCAUCUGUGGAUGACAAACACGAUUCUUCGUCUCGUGGAGAAGAUGAUCUGGGAACACCUGUCAUACCAUUACCAACUGCAGAUGCGCCUUCCGGUGAAGAUCUCUCCGAAUCUAAACCAUCAGAUACCGGAAAAAACCUUGAAGCACCUGUGGAGGAAGCGGAAAACAAAGCUGUUGAAGCGGAGAGUGGAAAAGGUAAAAGGAAAAAACGGAAGCGUGAACUUAAUGAUGGGGAAACUCUGAAAAAGGGCAAGACUGACAAGAAACGUGCAAAGAAAAGUUUGUCCAAAAUGGGUUCUCAGAGUACCAAAACACCAGAGUCUUCGUCUUCGAAAAAGAAGAAGAAGAAGAAAAAUCGAGUGACUUUAAAAUCCUUGUCCAAAACUGAGGCCAAGGUGGAAUUACCAGAGAAAGUGAAGAAGCUUUCCAAGGAGGAACGUCGUGCCAUACGUGACACAAACACUAUUCAUUUGAAUGACAAAAACUCUAUUCCUCCUGCAAACCUACAGGUCGACCGUGUUUUAGGAUGCAGAAUCCAAGAUCCGAAUAAAACCUCUCUGUAUAGUGAAAUUCCAGAUGAUUUACUAGCUAAUGACGAGCGAGACAGCUCAGUGCAAGAUACAAAUGCUGAAUCAGUUGUUGCCGAGGACAAAACAGAAUCCUCUUCUGAAACAGGUAAACGUUCCAGGGACUCACGUAUAAAGGAUAAAGAUGUGGAUGAAUCUGCUGUAGUUACUGAGGGUUUGGUUGAGGAGAAAGAAGAUAUGCUUUCAGAGGACAAUUCUGAUGCCACAUUGAGUAGACAUGUGGAUAAUGAAGAUUCAAGAGCUAGUGAAACACCUGUCUCUGUUGAUCCCGAGUUACUUAAAGAUGCACAUGAGGAAACGGAGGGAAAAAGCCCUAUGGCAGGGGAAGAAGUUGAGGAGCCUGUUGCUGCUAAAACUUCAGAUCUUAUUGGAGAGACUGUAUCGUAUGAGUUUCUUGUGAAAUGGGUGGGAAAAUCUAAUAUCCAUAACAGUUGGAUUUCUGAAGCGGACCUCAAAGGUCUUGCCAAAAGAAAACUAGAAAACUACAAAUCAAAGUACGGAACGGCUGUGAUAAAUAUCUGCGAAGAUAAAUGGAAACAGCCUCAGCGAAUAAUUGCUCUUCGGGUUUCAAAAGAAGGUAACCAAGAAGCUUAUGUGAAAUGGACAGGUCUAGCUUAUGAUGAAUGUACAUGGGAGAGCUUGGAGGAGCCUAUUCUUAAGAACUCACCCCAUUUGCUAGAUCUUUUUCAGCAGUAUGAGCAGAAAACGUUGGAAAGAGAUAUCACUAAGGGUAAUUCCUCAAGGGCAAAGGGUGAGGGUCAGCAAAGUGAAGUUAUUACCCUCACAGAGCAACCUCAAGAGCUCAAAGGAGGCGCCUUGUUUCCACAUCAGCUUGAGGCUUUGAAUUGGUUGCGUAGAUGCUGGCAUAAAUCGAAAAAUGUAAUACUUGCUGAUGAGAUGGGGCUUGGAAAAACAGUGUCCGCCAGUGCAUUUCUCUCCUCACUUUAUUUUGAGUUUGGAGUUGCAAGACCUUGUUUAGUUUUGGUCCCACUUUCGACAAUGCCGAACUGGCUAUCCGAGUUUUCUCUUUGGGCUCCCCUCCUUAAUGUUGUGGAGUAUCAUGGAGGGGCAAAAGCAAGAGCCAUAAUUCGAGACUAUGAGUGGCAUGCUAAGAGUUCAACUGGGACGGCCAAGAAGAUGAUGCCUUACAAAUUCAAUGUCCUUUUAACUACUUAUGAAAUGGUUCUGGCCGACUCAUCUCAUUUACGUGGAGUUCCAUGGGAAGUUCUUGUUGUUGAUGAAGGGCAUCGUCUAAAGAAUUCAGAGAGUAAGCUGUUUAGCUUGCUCAACACAUUCUCAUUUCAACACCGUGUACUUUUGACUGGCACCCCUCUUCAGAAUAACAUCGGUGAGAUGUAUAAUCUGCUCAACUUCUUGCAACCAUCUUCAUUCCCCUCUUUGUCUUCUUUUGAGGAGAGGUUCCAUGAUCUGACAAGUGCUGAGAAAGUAGAGGAACUGAAGAAACUUGUUGCUCCUCAUAUGCUUCGCCGGCUGAAAAAAGAUGCCAUGCAGAAUAUACCUCCAAAGACAGAGAGGAUGGUCCCUGUUGAGUUGACAUCAAUCCAGGCUGAAUAUUAUCGUGCAAUGCUAACUAAGAACUAUCAGAUACUACGGAAUAUCGGGAAAGGAGUAGCACAACAAUCAAUGCUUAAUAUAGUGAUGCAGUUGAGAAAGGUGUGCAAUCACCCAUAUCUCAUACCAGGUACGGAGCCAGAGUCUGGCUCGUUGGAGUUUCUUCAUGAUAUGAGAAUAAAAGCGUCAGCCAAGUUGACUCUGUUGCACUCCAUGCUUAAGGUGCUUCACAAGGAAGGCCAUAGAGUUCUGAUAUUUUCACAGAUGACAAAGCUUCUAGACAUUCUGGAGGACUACCUAAAUAUAGAAUUUGGACCUAAAACAUUUGAAAGGGUGGAUGGUUCUGUUGCUGUAGCUGAUCGUCAGGCAGCUAUAGCACGUUUCAACCAAGACAAAAAUCGGUUUGUUUUUCUGUUAUCGACACGUGCCUGUGGCCUUGGUAUCAAUCUGGCAACGGCUGAUACUGUUAUUAUCUAUGACUCUGAUUUCAACCCUCACGCUGAUAUCCAAGCCAUGAACAGAGCUCAUCGGAUUGGACAAUCCAAACGGCUUUUGGUAUACAGACUUGUCGUCCGUGCCAGUGUUGAAGAGCGCAUAUUGCAGCUCGCCAAGAAGAAGUUGAUGCUUGAUCAGCUUUUUGUAAACAAGUCCGGAUCUCAGAAGGAAUUCGAAGAUAUUCUACGCUGGGGGACUGAGGAACUUUUCAGCGACUCUGCAGGUGAGAGCAAGAAAGAUACAUCUGAAAGUAAUGGCAACUUAGAUGUGAUCAUGGAUUUAGAAAGCAAGAGCAGGAAAAAAGGUGGUGGCCUAGGAGAUGUUUACCAGGACAAAUGUACUGAUGGAAAUGGGAAGAUUGUUUGGGAUGAGGUUGCAAUUAUGAAGUUGCUUGACCGGUCAAAUCUUCAAAUAGCCUCCACCGAUGGCGCUGAUGCUGAGUUGGAGAAUGAUAUGCUUGGCUCUGUAAAGCCUGUGGAGUGGAAUGAGGAAACAGCUGAAGAACAAGUUGGAGCUGAAUCACCUGCUCCGGUGACUGAUGAUACGGGUGAACAGAGUUCAGAGAGGAAAGAUGAUGAUGUAGUUAAUUUUAUUGAAGAAAAUGAAUGGGACAGGCUUCUGCGUAUGAGAUGGGAGAGAUAUCAGAGCGAGGAAGAAGCAGCUCUUGGUAGAGGGAAGCGUUUGAGAAAGGCUGUUUCAUAUAGAGAAGCAUAUGCCCCACAUACCAGUGGAGCUGUAAUGGAGAGUGGCGGUGAAGAUGAGAAAGAACCUGAACCUGAACUUAAAAAGGAAUAUACACCUGCAGGACGAGCCCUAAAAGAAAAGUUUACGAAGCUGCGAGAAAGGCAAAAGAAUCGGCUUGCAAAAAGGAACUCUGUUGAAGAUUCAGUUCCUAAUGGCAAUGUGGAUCAGGUAACUGAAGCAGCUAAUCAUGACGAAGAAAGCCCUGCGAUGAUGGACUUGGACGAUAUCCAACAAUGUGAUGCACAUAAAAGAAAAGCCAGCAGUUCUUCAGAUCCAUCAGAUCUUCCAAGCGAACAUCAUGGCACAGAAUGUUCCCCGUCUUUACCCCCAAAUAACCUUCCAGUUCUUGGACUGUGUGCUCCUAACUUUGCUCAAUCCGAACCAUCCAGGAGAAAUUAUUCUCGUCCAAGUAGUAGACAGAACAGAACCAUGGCAGGACCUCAUUUUCCUUUCAAUCUACCCCAAACAUCGAGCUCGGUUGAGAGGGAAGCAAACAACCAGGAGCAGCCUUCUAUGGGUAAACCAAAGCCACAUAAUGUAAAGGAGGAACCUUCUCAGCAGCCUCUUAGUAAUAUGGAUGGUUGGCAUCCACUUCGUCCGUUUCUUCCGUCAGGGGAUUUUGAGCGUCCACGAAGUUCCGGUGCUUCUUUAGCUGAUUUCCAGGAGAAGUUUCCUCUGCUUAACCUACCGUUUGAUGAUAAGCUGCUUCCUCGGUUUCCAUUCCAGCCGAGAACCAUGGGAACUUCGCAUCAAGAAAUCAUGGCCAAUCUCUCGCUGAGGAAAAGAUUCGAAGGUGCUGGUCACUCUAUGCAAGACCUAUUCGCCGUACCACCAAUGCCAUUUCUACCAAAUAUGAAGAUCCCUCCUAUGGAUCCACCUGCGUACAGCCAACAAGAGAAGGAGCUACCGCCGCCUUUGGGUUUGGAUCAGUUUUCAUCAGCUCUUUCAUCUAUCCCGGAAAACCAUCGGAAAGUGCUUGAGAAUAUAAUGCUAAGAACAGGCUCUGGAAUUGGGCACUUGCAGAAGAAGAAAACAAGAGUGGAUGCCUGGUCCGAGGAUGAGCUAGAUUCUCUCUGGAUUGGGAUUCGCAGACAUGGGUAUGGAAACUGGGAGACUAUUCUCAGAGAUCCAAGGCUAAAGUUUUCUAAGUUUAAAUCUCCGGAGUACUUGGCAGCGAGGUGGGAAGAAGAGCAGCGUAAAUUCUUGGAUAGCCUUUCUUCUCUUCCAUCUAAGUCAAGCAGAACAACAGAUACGUCCACCAAAGCUCCUUUAUUUCCUGGCCUUCCUCAAGCUAUAAUGAACCGGGCUUUACAUGGGAACAAAUAUGCUACUACUCCUCCAAGGUUUCAAUCUCAUCUCACAGACAUAAAGCUUGGAUUCAGCGAUCUAGCAUCUACUCUUCCGUUGUUUGAGCCAUCUGACCACUUGGGAUUUCGAAGUGAGACUUUCCCUCCUAUGGCAAACCCGUGCACUGAAGAUCCUUCUGCUGGACCAUCUGAACGAUCAGGGACAUCGGCGAGUAUUCCCAACGAUAAGCCUUUUCCUCUCAACUCUCUUGGGAUGGGAAACUUAGGUUCAUUGGGUUUGGAUAGUUUAAGCUCCUUAAACACACAGAGAGCAGACGAGAAACGGGAUGCCAUCAAGCGAGGGAAGCUACCUUUGUUUCUAGACAUGCCGUUACCUCCGAUGCUUGAGUCAAGCAACAAUGUGUUCUUGGGAAGAUCAGCUAAUCCAUCUCUCCCUAAUCCAAACCGAGUGUUGAAUCUCUCUAAUCCUAUGGGAUGUAGCUCUUCGGAGAACAAGCUACCUCAUUGGUUACGGGAUGCUGUAACUGUUCCCGCCGUAAAGUCACCGGAACCACCAACUCUGCCUCCAACAGUUUCGGCUAUAGCUCAAUCAGUCCGCGUUUUAUACGGUAAAGAUUCUACUACCAUUCCACCAUUUGUGAUACCGGAGCCGCCGCCUCCUGUUCCUAGAGAUCCAAGACAAAGUCUGCGGAAGAAGAAGAAACGUAGGUCACAUCACUCGAGUCAAAUAACUACAGAUAUUGCUAGUAGCAGCCACAAUGUUGUAGAAAACAGCUCUCAAGGCAAUCCACCAACAUCCUCAACUUCUCCUUUGCCUCCAUCAGGCGAAACUUCAGGGUCCUCUCAAGCGAAUUUACCACCUCAUAACCUAAACAUCACAGAACCAUCUUCCUCCGAGCCAAUCAAAAUUCCACCUCCUGAAGAAGAUUCUAUGGUAGCAGCAGAGCCAUCUGAAGCACCAAAGCCAGGUCUUGAGGAAAUCACUGGUGCAUCAAGAUCAAUCUCGCCAGAGAACAAAAUCUCUGAACCAAAAUCUACCAACCAAGAUGGAGACACAGAUUUAGAAACCGUGGAUGAUCAAGUUCCUAUUCAUUCAGAUGAUAAGCCUUUGGAUGUGAACCAAGAGGAACAAGAAUCUGAUAAUGCGUCAAACAAGCAAUGUGAACCCACAGAGGCUGAAACUCCAAACACGGACGCAGAACAAGAGAAAGAAGAAGAAGAAGAGACCAUAAAGAUGGUGACUGAUAAUUCUCCUGGUGACGAUUGAAGUCUUCAGUGAAGUUGCAUUGAAGCUACCAGUGUUUGCUUUGUUUAGGUCUUUGCAACCAAACCGGUACAAUACGCUACUAAGUUUUGUAGGUAUGACGCAAAUCGGUGACGAAGCAGUAUAUGUAUUUGUUGGAACUUCCAUUUUUAUCUUUGGCUAAAUUUUUUUGUUUGUAAAGCUUUGUGUAAGAGAAUGAAGAAGCUAUUUUAGUGAUCUAACUGGUCGGUUUGGAUUGUGUAAAACCAGACACUUUAGACUGUAAUGCUUAGUCGAAUGCUACAAGUAGAGCUUUUACUUAUUUCUGAUUCAAAUUCGGUUCCGGUUUAGCGAAUUCUCUUAACCGGAUUAUAUAUUACAUGUAAUACCCUUUGGACUGGUAUUAAUAACUACUUGUUUCAUU